UGCAACAGAUGGCCGUGCCUCGUGGCUGCAGCGAGUGUCAGGUGUCCCUUUAUGGGCUGCAGUACAUCCUGAAGGAAGAACGGCCGCAUUGCAUAAAGUGCUACGAGACUCUGUGCUGCAACAACUGCGUGGCGUGCCACAAGCUGAUCGGCCACACCAGCAAGGAUGUGACUUUCAAGGACCUCCACUGGCACGACGACUGCUUCACCUGCAGCAAGUGCAGCCAUCCUCUGGUCAAUCAGCCGUUCGUCACCAAGGACGAUAUGCUGGUAUGCACGGCCUGCUACCGCAACCAGUUCUCGGCAAAGUGUUCCGCAUGUCUGAGGACUAUACUGCCAGGCUCGAAGAAGAUGGAGCAUAAAGGCAACAGCUGGCAUGAGAGCUGCUUCACUUGCAAAUCUUGCCAACAGCCCGUCGGCACCAGGAGCUUCGUCCAGAAGGACGCCAACAACUACUGCCUGGGCUGCUACGGGAAGCACUUUGCCCUGCAGUGCGUCCACUGCGAGAAGCCCAUCACCACAGGAGGGGUCAGCUACUACGACCAGCCCUGGCAUAAAGAAUGCUUUGUCUGCAUUGGAUGCAAGCAGCAACUUGCAGGCCAGCGUUUCACCUCUCGGGAUGAUUCCGCCUACUGCUUCGACUGUUUCUGCAACCUGUUUGCUAAGAAAUGUGCUAAUUGCACCACCCCUAUAAGUGGCAUCGGAGGCAGCAAGUACAUUUCCUUCAAGCAGCGCCAGUGGCACCAUGACUGCUUCAACUGCAAGAGGUGCUGCGUGUCUUUGGUGGGCCGAGAUUUCCUGUCAUGCAACGAGGACAUCUUCUGCCCUGACUGUGGCAAAGACAUCUAGACAAAGACAAGCCCUGUUAUUCUUCAAACCCUCAUAUUUGCCUUUUUUUUUUGCGUCACACACACAUUACAUUUCUAAUGAAUUAUUCUGUAUGCACUGACGCUCGUUUUAAUAAGACAUUUUAUAUUUGUGUCUGGAAAAAAAAUGUAUCUGGCUUCAU